AUGACUGAUUCAUCCUCAGAAUAUGAUAGCAUGAACGAAGGCUAAUAUGAAGCUAAAAUAGGAGAGAAACUGAAAAAUAAUCAAUAUCAAAUUAUAAAAUGGUUAGGAGAUGGGACAUUCUCUAAGGUCUGGUUAGUGAAAGAUUUAAUUAGUUCGACUCAUUAUGCUCUCAAAAUUUAAAGUUCAUAGUAUUCAGAUGCAGCAGUUGAGGAAAUAGAUAUUUUAAAGUAUUAUCCAUUCUAAAGUAGAAUUUUGAAUGAAAAUGAAAAUUCACAAUAAUGGCUUGACAUUCAGAAAAAUUGUAUUGGCAAUUAACAAGAAACACAUUGUGUAAAAAUGGUAGAUUCUUUCGUUCAUAUUGUCGAUGAAACGUUGCAUCAUUGUGUAGUAAUGGAAAUUUUGGGACCUACUUUGUUGGAUUUAAUUAGAUUCUAUGAAAAGAAAGUAUAAGAUAUUCUGAUGAUUAGCAUUCCUGUAUGAGCAUCUAGUUAGGGAAGGAGGUCACUAAAUAAGUGCUGAUCGGAUUGAUUUAUUCUCAUGAAGUAUGCCAAAUUAUUCACACUGACAUAAAGCCAGAAAACAUUAUGAUUGAGUUGAAUGAACAAUAAUUAAAGUAGUUAAUUAACGAAGAAGAGGCUGAUGAUAAGAAAAAAAAGUAAUAAGAGAAAAUAUUUAGAGAGUUAAAUUAAAUGAGACAAAUAGUGGCGACACUUUUAUCUGGAAUGAGAAUGUAAUAAUUAAUGUAAACACUGACCUUAAAUUUAAAUUAGUUGAUUUUGGCAAUGCUUGUCAAACUAAUUAACAAUUUGAGGAAAUUCAAACUAAGGAAUACAAAUCUCCUGAAUCUAUUAUUUAAGCUCAAUAUUCAACCAAUACAGAUGUUUGGUCACUGGCAUGUGUAAUUUUCGAAAUCUUGACUAACGAUUAUUUAUUCAAUCCUGAAGGAGAUAAUGAAGAAGAAGAGAUGGAGGAUCUAUUAGCAAUGAUGAUAGAAUUGAUUGGACCUCCAACAGAAAGUUUUUUAAACAAGGGCAAAAGAAGCUCCUAAUAUUUUGAAAAAAAUGGAGAUUUAAAAACAAUUAAAGUAUUUUGAAUUUAUAUUAAUAAGGAUUUACAAAAAUUCAAACUAAGUGAUACUUUAACAAAAGAUUAUGAUUUUGAAGAGCAUGAAGCAAAAAAAUUAUAGGAUUUCAUUCUCUUUGCACUAAAAUGGGAUCCUCUUGAUAGGCCUUCCUCAUAAAGUAUGUUCUUGCACCCUUGGCUUCAAUAAUGAAAU